CUUUAAUCCUUCGUCCUGGCAUGACAAGUUGCAAUUGUUAUUUUUCUUAAGACAAUACCUACUAGUAUAAUUUAGAAUUUUUAUAAUGCAACUGGGUAUAAAGUUGUUGAUAGGUGGUGCUGUUUUGUUUGUGGGAAACUUGAUAGUAGGAUUUCUUGGAUUUCAACCUAUGGUGAAUUAUAUGGUGAAAGAUCAAACAGCAUUGAGAAAAAGAAACGAAAUAAGAGGAAUUUAUUUGAAAAUUCCUUUUCCUCUGGAUUUCAGGAUCUACUUUUUCAAUGUGAGUAAUCCGAUGGAGGUUCAAAAUGGCGCCAAACCGAUUGUCACGCAAGUUGGACCAUAUUGUUAUGACGAAUUCAAGAAUAAAAUUAACGUUGUAGACAACGAUGCUGAAGACAGUUUACAAUACGAUGCUUUUGAUAUAUACCAGUUCAAUAAAACUCGUUCUGGAAACUUAUCAGAUGAAGAUUUUGUAACGAUAGUCAAUCCUUUACUAGUGGGUAUGGUGAACAAAGUCGCCGAGGACUCACCGGCAUUAUUAUCCAUUGUAAACCAAGCAAUAAGCGGCAUUUUUAGAAAUCCUCAGUCAAUCUAUCUAACGGACAAAGUGAAGAAUAUUCUCUUUGAUGGGAUGGAGCUUGAUUGCAAAGGAACAGACUUUGCCGCUAAGGCGGUGUGCACACAACUCAGGACUCUUAUACCUGGUAUUAAAGAAUCCCCAACUGAUAAGAACGUAUUGUUGUUCUCCUUGUUAGGCACUAGAAAUGCAACUGUUGCUAGCACUAUUAAAAUUAUGAGAGGAAUAAAAAAUUAUAAAGAUCUAGGACGAGUUUUGGAAGUGGAUGGUGAGAAACAUAUUACCUUAUGGGGAUCAGACAAAUGUAAUCGUUUUCAAGGAACUGAUGGAUGGAUUAUACCACCUUUACUCGAUCCUGCAGAUGGAAUUCAUGCUUUCACUACACAAUUAUGCAGAAACAUCGAACUCAACUACGUGAAAGACGUUGUAAUAAAAGGCAUAAACGUACGUAGAUACGAAGGCAAUUUAGGCGAUCAAACAAACAACGAAGAUGACAAAUGUUACUGCGCGUCGCCUAAAAAAUGUCUUAGAAAAGGCCUUUUUGAUUUAAAUAAAUGUAUGGGAGCUCCGAUUCUGGCUAGCUUACCUCAUUUUUUGUACGGCGAUGAGAGCCUUCAAAAUGAAGUGCAAGGAUUGAAUCCUAAUCCGAAUGAUCACGUUUUAAAUAUUAACAUAGAACCUAUGACAAGCGCACCUUUAAGCGUAAGAAUAAGAAUCCAAAUGAGUUUGGAGAUAGGCCCUCAAUCCAAGAUCAGCGUAAUGAAAAACUUACCGGUUGCUGUGCAUCCCAUGUUUUGGCUUGAAGAUGGUCUCGAUCUGGAAGGACCUUUAUACACCAAAAUCUCUAAUAUAUUCAUCCUUCUCAAGAUGGCGCACGUAAUUCGAUGGGUAUUUCUUGUCGUUGCCUUUACGAUGAUUGGUUACGGAUAUUAUCUCUAUUUCAAAAACAAGAAAAGCGUCAAAAUCACACCAGUACACAGCAGUACCUCGGAAAAGGACAACGAAGGAUUCAGCAGAAGUACCAACGAUCUUAUGGUGCAGUUAAGGAACGAAAUGAGUAAUGAAAGAAAUGGAUAUAAUAUUAGUAAUAAUAACAAUAAUAAUAAUAAAAAUAUUAUGAGUGGUCACGAGUUUGAUAGAUAUGGUUAAAAUAAGUAAAUAAAUAUCUUUGUUGUUAAAACAAAUUGGUUAUAUAUUUUUAAAUAGUUUUGAUGUAAUAUUUAUUUAUUCUAUUUUAUUUUAUUUUGCAAAGUUAUCAAGUACCUCGCAGUCUUCAAAUAGCGAUUUAAAGAUGCAAAUUAAAGAGUGAGCCGAGAUUAAUUUGAUUUAGCAGUUAUAAAAUUUUUUAUAACCAUUAAAAGUUUCUGAAUUUAACAAGCGCCAGUGUAGCUUCCUUUUUAAACAGUUAACUCCCAUUAUACGUAUCAAUCAGUACUGGCACUCUAAGGCGGCACGUUUGAUCUUUAAAAGUAGAAAUUUUAGUUGACACUUGACGUUUUCAGGAUAUGAAAAGUUUUCUUUACACGGACUUGGUUAUACCUGGUUAGUUGAAUUUUUGUUCUGCUGCUUUUCAAAUUCGUGUGUAUGAGCGAGAUGUGAGAUACUUUUAUAGAGACAACGGUUGAACAAGUUAACUACUUUCAAGAAGAAAAUCGAUUAGAUAUCAGGGCAGUCUUCACAAAUGUAAAAAAGGACAGAACCGUUUUAAAAAUUAUUUAUGUACCUAUGUGAUUGAGAAACUGAAAUAUUACUUUUUAGUAAAAAGUUUAAUUAGAGAUUAAACGACUUACCUGUAAGGAAGUUCAAUCUGAAUUAUACGAGUAACCACAUCUAAGUAGACCAAGAACAAUUUGUAGUUUCGCCUUUGGUGCGAUAUCAAACCACUGUUUAAAAUCAGCAA